CCAAGAAAAAGAGUAUUAGAUGAUUUCGAUUCACAAUAUGAAGAAAUUUUUAAAGCCACCAAAUGCAAUAAUAAUGACAGUAUUAAAACUUUCCAGAAAUCAAACAUGAUUUAUACUGAUUUUUCAGAAGUAAAUUCAAAAAGAG